AUGGCCCCUCGCGGCAAAGGCAAGAAGAAGGGUCGUGGCGGCAGAAAGGCGACACAGCCAGCUGGUCCUGUCGCCGCAACGCCUGUCAGCAACGCUGGACCGUCGGCAGCAUCGCCGGCCCGAGCCGCCGCCGCCUCCUACAGUCUCAGCGCUGGAGCUGUCGAGCCCGAGGUCCUCGCCGUCGCACCGCAGGCGCCCGCUUUCACACACAAGAGCCUCUUCGCCGUACCUGCGUCCUGGAACGAACCGGAAAAGUCCUGGGCACAAUCCUACCGCUUCCAGCCCAUGGUGGAUGCGGAUGGCGAGUGGUACACCUUCAAAGUCGUGGAGGAUGCGUCAAAGCAAUGGGUCGAUGCAUUCAAGUCCCACAUUCUGAACACCAUCGGCCUCACGCUCUUUCAGAAGGAUGAAGAGGAUGGCAACUUGCCCCUUGUACUCGACAGCACCACAACAGGUGACGUCUGGGUCACAAAGAACCUCGUUGGCAAGGAUGGCAGACUCUUGUAUGGUGGUCGCCUUGGAGGCAAUCCAAACAAGAGUGUCAAGAUUCGACUUACAGGCCAACGCGGCGUAUCUGUCGAUGGCGUUCAGCAGCCCGGCUGGCAAUGCCUUGGAGAGGGCAUCACCCUUGCCAGCAAGAUCCGUCUGGGAAAGCCAGCCCGCAUCCCCGCCAGCGUGGAGAAUCUCGUCUCCGACGUCAACUUGCCUGAGGUCGAGAUCCCUGAGGCUGGGCCGUUCUACACGCUCCAUGAUGUCUGGUUUCAGACGAUCGUUGGAAACAGCGAUACCUUUGGCGAGAAGUUCAAGCUCGACGAAUCUGUUCUCCAUACCAUGAACGACAAAAAGCGACGGCACGAGAUCAUCGCGUCGCUCAUCGAAGCCUCCCAGCAUGCCGGCACCUGGGAUCUUCUCGGAGAUGGUCCUGUUCACCCACGCGACAUGUACGAAAAGCUCAAGGCCUUUGAUCCUCAGCGAGAUUCAAAGGAGUGCGACAAGUUUGAGGAACACAUCUAUGGCAUUCGAGAGCGUGCGGUCGUGCCCAAAGGCAGCGACAUCCGCGCUGACUCGAUCGUGCUGCCCAGCGGCAAGGUCGUCGAGGAUACGUCCGUCUUGAACCUCACCCCCGGCAUCUCCGCGCGCGACAUUGUGGUCUGGGGCGCUUACGACGGAGCCACGAAGAACAUGGCCGAUUGCUACAAGAUGCAUUGUGGCUACAUCUUCGGCUCGCAGCAGACUAUCAACGCCCACUACAAGGUCAGCCGCAUGCUCACACAGCUAAACAAGCACGAUUUCCGCAUGUUCCGUCUGCUCUCCAUGCCUCCGCACUCGACUAUUCUCAACACCACGAGCGGUCGUUAUGUAGCCGAGCAGUGCAUGGUUUCCUACGACGACUCGGUCAAUCCCGAACUGCUCAGAAUGGGCCAGGCCCUUGCCCAUGGUACUCUGGAACAGGACAGCCUUGGGCGCCUGGCUUGUAUUGCGUUUUGUUUCCCCAUCGCUCAGGUUCUGCGGGACUCCCACCACAUCGCACGCAAGGCCAUCGGCCUUCCGGAGUCUGACACAAAGACUCACGCAGCUGCCACUGCUGGUGAGAUUGUCAUUGGUCAGAACUGGUCGAUGCCCAUGGAGCGCAGCCAGCUCUUCCAGGCCCUGUCAUGGAUCCGCCUUCCGGUAUGCGACAAGAACGGAGUGGUCUACAAGUACAUGUACUUGCGUCCGACCUUAUCCAAGGUGUACAAAAGUGAGAGUAGCGGCAGCAAGGAAGAAGGACUCACAUACAGCAUCAACCCUGGACCAGGCGACAUGCAGUACAAUAUCGGAGACCAUUCACAGUUGGAAGAAGGCCAGAUGGUUGCGGUCACCUGGGAAACCUACGUCAAGGGCCGGGGCCCUCACCCUUAUCGAGUCGCAUCUGUCCCGGUUCCGGGCCCGAUCGAGGGUGACAUCUGGGACCGGACUGGAGACAUUGCGGUGCAGAUCCAGUACAAAGGGGCCAAAGACGGUCUCAACCACAUCCAAUACCUCACCCAACCUGGCGGAAGAGCCAAAGAAGUCACAUCAAACAUGUCCCAUGCAGCCAAGGUCAUUGCUGGUCUCACCCUGCCCGUCGCCCAGCCAUUGACUCACCUCGCCAUGCUUGAGUCGUGGCACUGGCAGCAUGGUGCUCCUGACUGGUUCAAGGCGACAUGCCACCCGCGUGUUCAUGAAUACAACUUCGACUAUUACGACCGGGUUUGGCGCGUCACACGCGUGAGAGGCCCUUCGUUCGGCAGACCUCAGAUCGUCGGUGGAGGCACAGAGGUGAGCACGGCAACCUUCGAGGCGAACUACAACCGCCUAGUCGAGCUGCUGCGCGACCACCCCAAGUACAUGGUCGGCACACAAGUCGGCAGCCAGUCAAAGUGCUGCGAACAUGUCCAGAGAUGGAACCUGGGUUCAGUUCCGCAGUAUGAGCCAUAUCUGAUGCGGCUUUCCAAUGGAGAAGAGGUCUGCACCUGUCUGAAAUGUGCGCCUCUUGGUCGACCAUGCAUCUUCCUGAAAAGUGGAGGUGAUCAGCGCACUGAUGACAUCCGUGGCAUGGGCAUCUGGAAGCUGGUGACCGGAGAUGUGAGCGGCCACCAAUACAGCCGGAAGACCGUACUUGAGUCGAGGCUGCUCGCAGACCUUGCGGCACUGAACGGUGGCGACGAGGAAUAG